AGAUGAAAAAAAAGAAAAGGUGACGGUGAAAGAAAAAGACGACAUUUGGGACCCAGAAGAAAACCCAUCUGAUAGCCACGCCAAAAAAAAUAAACUACCCCUCUGCCGUAGCGCCAAAAUCAGCCACCACCGUCACGCCGCUCCGGCAGGCUUCUUCAUCGCUCAAACCAACAGUUCUUGUUUUUUUUCUCUAAUUCUCUCCCCUUCUGAUGUCUCCUGUGCGGGUUCUGGUUAUGUAUAAUGGCGAUUGGAUUUUUAGUGAGAAUGGUUUUGAAUUUAAUGGUGACAAAUUAAAAGGAAUUGUUGUUGAUGAGAAAAUUACACACAGCGAUCUUCUGGACAAAGUCUAUGAGAUUGUCAAAGUUGAUCCAGCUGAAUAUGUGGCCACGAUGAAAUGUUUAUAUAAAGCCCACGUCCCAACUCCACCAACAGAAAUAUUAGACAAUGAAGAUGUCGAUUUUUUUAUUGGUGAGAAUCUUGUAGACGAUCAUGGCAGGAGAACACCAUUGUGCAUCACCAUCAAACGUAGAGAAUCACUAAAUCAAGAGAAGGAGGUGCAUUAUCCAGUUCCGUUCGACUCUGGAAGUGUAAGUAAUCAAACUUCUGGCUUUGCGCCUACUGCACAAAAUUCUCAAUUUCCUCCUUUUCUUGCUCUUACUGAAAUCGAAGAACAAAACACAACUGCCAUAAGUUGUGGACCUCAGGCAGACAUGAAUUGUGAUGAUGAGAUGCAAAAUGCUGAUCAACAUCAACAUGAUAACUGCAAUGAUAAUAGAGUACCUGAUAAUGAGGUAGAAAAUGCGCAUAUGCAAAAUGAUAAUUAUGGUUGUAGUGAUGAGAUUCAUCCACACACCUCCAAUAAUAUGUCUUUUGAUGAUAAUCUUACCAUCCAAAAUGACAGAAAAGACAUCCAAGAAUUUGCAACACCUGAUCCAUUGAACCCGAGCAUUCAACCAUGCUUGUAUUCUGAGCAGUUGAACAUGAGUGUACCAAAAAAUUUAACUAUCGAGCAGUUGAUGUCUAAUGAUACUAUAGCAGUUGGCCAGACUUAUCCAAGCAAGAAGGAUGUACAAAGCAAAUUAAGUCUUAUGGCUAUAAAAGAAAAUUUUGAAUUCAAAGUAAGGCGUUCGACAAGAGAAUUAUUGUUCGUAAUAUGUACAGACAAAAGCUGUAAGUGGCGACUUCGUGCAUCAAAGUUGAAUGAUUCUGACUGCUUCCUGAUAAGAAAAUUCCACAAUGCCCAUACUUGUUUAACCGAGAAGUUCCAUCGCAACCAUCAUCAAGCCAGUAGUUGGGUUGUUGGUCAACUAAUCAAGUCCAAGUUUGAGGAAGGUGCUUCUGAUUAUAGACCAAAUGACAUAAUCAAAGAUGUAGAGAAACAACUUGGAGUUACUAUAUCUUAUGAUAAAGCUUGGAGGGCACGAGAAAUUGCUCUUCGUUGCCUAAAGAGGUCACGGGAUCGAGAGAAACGGUCCCGUGGGAGACCGAGGAAGGAAAAACCUGUGUCGAGUGACAAAGAACCAUCUCUGCGAUUGUGUGGGACCUGUGGUGGUCGUGGUCACAAUAGAAAAACUUGUAGAAGCCUUACUGUUCCACAGUGAAGUGCUAGAGAACUGGGAGUUAAUGAGGGAGUAGGUAGAGCUUGACUUUUUUUUCUUUCUUUUAUUGUGGGGAUAUUUAAUAAAUGAAAUUUGAUAUGUUGAAAGGUGAUCCCAAGUACUGUUCUCAUUCUUCGUUUUUCCUUCUUUGAGAAUGGUAUUCUUUCAUUUCAUUUCAGCUUUAGUAUAAUAUUUUGGCAUCUUGCUAUCAAA